AUGGUCUCCCAAGGCAAACAGGUGUGGAGUGAAGACCCAGACAAACUCGAUCCAAAAUCCCCCAUAAUCAAGAGACACAAGAUACUAUGUACCCUGCCCUGGAGAGGGUUCCUGGUACCUUCUCCUGGAGCCAGCCUGGGGAAUCGUUCCGUCGUGCAAAAUGUUUCCAGCAUUUUAGUGUUCACACUCUCUGGAUUAGAUGGAACAGUGGAAAACAAAUAUGUGCUUUUUUCUUUGACAGCACUGUGCUAUAACUUUGUCUUAUUAUGUAACAUCACCGUCAUUUUUUCCAUUACCUCAGAUAAAUGCCUUCAUGAGCCAAUGUACAUAUUUUUAUGUAAUUUGUGUAUAAAUGCACUUUAUGGCACUGCUGGUUUCUACCCUAAAUUCAUGUAUGACUUACUGUCUCAGCUUCAUGUGAUUUCAUAUGCAGGCUGUUUGAUUCAGAUAUUUGUCAUCUAUUCAUCUGCUUUGUGUGACUUCUCAACUUUAACAGUAAUGGCAUAUGACAGGUAUGCGGCAAUAUGUCGACCACUAGAGUACCACUCAGAAAUGACAAAUCAUAAAAUUGUAAAAUUUAUCAUUUUUUCUUGGUUUGCACCUUUAUUUUGCAUAGCUGUUUUAGUCUUAUUGACAUCAAGAUUAGCAUUGUGUGGCUCAAAUAUUGAAAAGAUAUAUUGUGAAAACUGGGCAGUUGUUAAACUGGCCUGCAGCUCCACAACAGUGAAUAAUGUGAUUGGAUACAUAGUUUUGGUUGUGUAUUUUGGACAUGCAGUAUUGAUUGUUGGCUCAUACAUACAGUUGAUUGAAACAUGUAGAAAGUCUAAAGAGAGCAGAUAUAAAUUCAUGCAGACUUGCACGCCACACAUACUUACACUGUUGAAUGUUGCAAUUUCUUUGAUGUUUGAUGUGCUUUAUAGUCGCUAUGGUUCAAAUUCUUUCCCUCGAGGUUUGCGAAUUUUUUUGGCCCUGGACUUCCUCCUGAUGCCUCCUAUUUUAAAUCCUCUUAUUUAUGGUCUAACACUGACCAAAAUACGGAAGCAGAUGCUACAGGAGUGUAAAGUCCAGGACUACAAGACUGACGAACAGUUUCUAUCCACAGGUCAUCAGACUUGUGAACACCUCACUCACUACCUCUUCCCCCCUCCCACUCUGAACUGGUAUGAUAAAAUCUCCAAGUUUUUUGCUGUAUUACAUUGA